CUAAAAGUCGAGCUACUUAUCCCUAACUAGACAAGCAGCAAAUUAUAAUUUGUCUGAGUGAUUUUCUGUCCUGUUCGCCCAGAAUUAAAAUUAAAAAAUAAAAUUUAGUUUUACAUCCAAACGUUUUUACGUUUCAUAAAUCAAAAAAGCAAAAGAAAAAAGUUUAGCAAACGUGUGUCCGGAAAAUUAGCUCAACAGCGAAGCGAAAAUAAAGUGUAAAAUUCAUAUGAAAAAAUUGCAUUCCAAUUCCUUCUCCAUACAAGAAAAAGAAAAAAAAAAAAGAAUCGGUGAAGAAGAAAAAAGAAAACGAAUUGGAUUUUUUUCGGUACAAAAAACGCACACACACACUGGUGUGAGUGACAGAGAACGAGUGAGUGAGACAUUUGUAUGGUAGAGAAGAGAAUAAUUGUGUAGUUGCAAAAAUAAAGGCAAAAUAAAACUUGAAAAAGUUAUUUGGUUUUACACUUUCUGCAAACACGACGACGACAACGUUUGAAGUAAAAAAGAAGAAGAAUAAGUGUCAAAAAUAAUUAAUUUUUGCUGGAUGGUUAGACGGUGUGUUGUGUGUGCUAAUGUUUUAAGCUGGAAAUUGUUGUUUGACGACGAGAAAAGUUCAUCAGUCCAUUAUAAGAGCAACGAACUAGGGCGAAAUACAACAUCUGAUGAAAGGAAAAAAAAUUGAAGGAGGAUUGAAAGAAGGAUAAACAGAAGACUGAAGUUUAAUUAAUAAACUUACAUUAACGGAAUAUAACUACAAAUAAAAUCCUAAGUAAAUCAAACUAUUAUUUACAACAUUAGAAGUCACCCAUAUAUAGGAAAAACAUCCAUUUGCGAGAUAGCCAAGAACAAUAUCGGCGACAUUCAACAACAGUCAGACUAAGUAGGAAAGAAAAACCAGAAAGAAAGGAACAUUAACUCGAAACUCUCUCACAACCAAAAUAAACUGAAAAAGUAUUCACGAAAGGGGAAACAAGCCUAAACAACAACAACAAACAAAAAACAACAACCUGCCAAACAUUUUUUUUUCAUUUGGAACAAAAACAAAAUUGAAACCAAAAACUCAUUACUUCUUUGUUUUCCGUUUUCCGGCAUAUAUAGAACGCUCUAAUCACAACAACAACUGCAAUUACUAUUAAAAAGAAAAAAAAAGAAACCAACAACAACAACACACACACAAUCGCAAAACAACAAAAGAAAAUCCUAUUGUUUUUGCAUAAACAAUACCAAGAGAUAUAAGUGGAGCAACAACCACAUAAACGGAGGAAGAAUAUAUCCAUCCCAACAACAACUGCAACAAACCUCUUCUGCCCAACAACAAUUGUGCAAUUUCAUAAUUGUUGAUUGAGAAGAUUUCUAAAGCCAGCACUCUUGUAGGUGGAAAGAGAGGGGGAGAAAUAGAGAUCAAAUUGAAAUCUGCAACAAAAGCCAACUUGAAUCCUAUUUUCAAUUUUCAACAGUGAAAGGCAUAUUGGUCUUUGGUUCUUUUGGAAAAAAUAGAAAACAAAAAACCAAAAACUAGGCUUUUACAACAAACACCCCCAAAAACGAGCAAACCAACACCAACCAGAGCAGCAGUAGCAGCCCGCCAAACAGCUAGCCAGCCAGCCAACCAGCCAGCAGCCCCCCUAAAUAAACAGAUCCGAAGAAGAGAGGUGCUUGGUGCACAAGGGGCAAGUUAACGCUAAUGAGGAUCUAUUGGCAGCAUGAGUACACUGGGGGGAAGUAGGGGAGAGCGAAAUGCCAAGCCCAAGUUCUCAGCACUCGAUAUAAAUCGAAUGUACAAAAAUAGUCGUGGUGAAACGACAGAGCCUUCAGCACAAAAAAACCAAGUGCCACGUAAACAUGGAAUGCAAAUUUUGGGCAAAGUGCCGUCCGCUCGGCGACCACCAGCUAAUCUACCAUCCUUAAAAGCUGAAACAACUAGUUCGCCAACUAUUGCUAAUAAUAAUACAACAACAACUGGUCAAGAAGGAGGCGUACAAACACCAACGUCCGGCCCUACAAAUAACCCAUUGAAAAGUACCACAGCAACAAAGAGCAGCAGCGGCAGCAACAUCAAUAGUAACAUUACAAACAACAACAGUAGUAACAGCCACCACAGCAGCAGCAACAACAGCAGAGACAGCGGCAACAAUAACAACAACCCCAUUGGCAAUAACAAUAGCGGCAACAGCAGCGGCGGUACUGUUAUCGGCGGUGUUGGGAGUAAAUUAAUUCUCAACUCUUCAACAUCUGUUGGCAAUAAGAGUGGCGGCGGCGGAGGAGGAGGAGGUAGCGGCAGUCAAUCUCAUCACCACCACAGUCAACAAAAACCAAUAACAUGGUCUGCUGUAACGACAGGCAACGACAACCAACGAGGUGGCAAACCGACAGCCACAGUACCACCACUCUACCAGAGUCCACAGUUUCAGCACGAAUUUCCGACUUUGGAUGGCACAGUUGGCGGCGCCGGAAGCGGUGGCAAUGUGAAUGCGAAUCGCAGAAGUGGAGGCGGCGGCGAACGAGAACGAGAUCGUGGCGAAAAGGAGUAUCAUCAUCAACAUCAGCAGCAACAACAACAACAGCACCACCAUCAUCAUUCGAACUCGAAUCAUCAGAAUUAUCAUCAUCAUCAGCGUGGCAAUGGUGGUGGCGAUUAUCAUCAUGGCGAACGUGGCGGCGGAGAUCGAGAACGUGGCAGCGGCGGUCGGCAUCACCAUCAACGCAACGAUCCACACAAUUACAGAGAUGGCAACGAAGGCGGCGGAGACGGUGGUGGUCGUGGUGGCAGUGGAAACGGCGAUAUAUCUCGCGAAAUGAACGAAGUCAGUCUGAGACCACAAACAAAUACUGCCGCCUGGCUGGAGCAACAGGAAAAGAAUGCCAAGGGUGCGGCAGCCGACAGCCAAUCGAACCAUCAGGGCCAGGGCCCCCAGACUAGUUCGGUUGCAAAUCCAAGCGCUGCAGUCCCACUACCAAUUUUGUCACUAAUGCCGUCGUUCAUGCAGCGCGGUGUGCCCCUGCCAGCCAACAGUGGGGGAGGGGUAGGAGGAGUUGGUGGCGGCAUUACAUCAAGCUCCAGUGGACGUUCGCAGACUCCACCCAACUAUCAAAACGGACUAACAAAGGACUCGUCAUCGUCAUCAGUGAACAUAAGGCCUCAACCUCGCGGAAAUGCACAAGAUUAUCAUCGCUCGAAUUCGGCUGGCGUCAGUAGCAGUUUCCGCCAAGCAACUGCUCUACCCAAACGUCCACCUUUACUAAAUACUCCACCGCCCACAAAUGGUGGAGGUGGUGGUGGUGUUGGUGGUAAUGGAAGCGGCGUUGGUGGCAAUAAUGGUCAUCGCAAAGACAAGGAAUACAUUGUUGAACCGGAAGUGGCCCAAAUGCAACGACCCAUUAUACGCGAAGAGGACUUGGAACGACUAAAUGCAAUUGCCAACGAUGACAGCUGGACAAAACAGGAGGAUAUCGAUUACACCAAGAAACUGACCUUCUCGGACGAUGAGUCUCCGGAGGAUACCCCGACCCAGGAACGUGAACGACCAGUAUUCAAUAAGAACAGUGGCAAUCUCAAUGACCAACGUAAAAACUCCAAUGCCAGUGGUUCAUCGUCGACAGCUGGUGGUGGUAGUUGGCAAAGAAAGGAUCGAGACAGUUCGGAACGGGACAAGUCAUCUGCGGGUGUUGGUGGAGGAGGGGGUGAUAAUGUUGAAGAUACCCGACACCAAAACGGUCAUCGUCCCGGUGUUGGUACUGGCGGCAUUACCAUUGAUGCUAGCGUGUAUGAGAGAUUAAAGCAACGUAAGGAGGAGGAAGAACGUCGUGACAUGGAACGUAAAUUGGCAGCAGCUAGAAAGAAACAGGAGUUGGAAAUGAAAAUCAAUAGCAAAAAAUCUGCCACAGGUGGUGGAGAUUCCAGCUAUGAUCAACAACCGGCGGGAGGAAGUGGUAUGUCGACCUCAUCUACUGCCGGUUCAGUUGAUGAAAAUACUACCCGUCGCAGUGGUGGAAGUUAUGAACGUUCUAGCACAGCAGAACGGGGAGAACGGGGAGAACGUGGCGGUGGAAGUCGUGCAGGUGGUUAUGACUCCCGAGAUGUGCGAUCAGCUACAGACUAUUCUCGCGGCAGUGGUUCUGGUAAUAUAUCCACCAUGAAUGCCACCAACUCAGGAUCCAUUGGAGGAGUUGGCUCGGGUGGCUCCAACGGACCACCUGGGUCAAAAACUGUAUUCUCGGCCCAUUUCCAAUCUAAUUUACCACCACGUUUUCUGCGCCAACAACAGGCAGGUGGUACUAGUAGCAGUAGUAGCUUGGGUCCCGGUCGUUCUGGACCCAAUAGCAACAGUGGUAGCGGCGGAGGCUUGGAAAAAUCGUCAUCUUCCUCAAUGAACUAUGAAAAUACGCGCUACAUGCAAAAGGGCGGAUCAUCAAGUGGUGGUCCCCAGCGUAGUACAGGAGGUUCAGGACCACGUGGCGAGUAUCGUGACAACUAUACCAGAAGUGGUGGUUAUCGUUCGCGAAACGACAGCGAUCGGGAUGAUGAUCGUUAUCACAGUCGCGGCGGCGGUGGUGGUGGCAAUAGAGGAGAUGACUAUGGCCGCAACAGCAGCUUAGCUAGCGGACCCAAUCAAUUGUCCCGCAGUAUUUCCGACACAUCUCAACGCAAGACAAGUGUUUCAUCAAAUGACGAGUCGAUAAAAUUAGGCUACUCGGGAGAUUCAACCAAUUUCGGAAGUGGCAUUGUAUCCUCGUGGGCCGAGGAGACCGAAAUGGAGUUGAAAAGGCAAAGGGAUGAAAGUUUCUCCUCAUCACACAGCCAUGACUCAAUACCCAUUAAAAUUCUGCAACGGCCCCACACCCAGAAGAGUGUAUCAGAGGAAGAAAGUCCUCCACAGCUGCAACACAAACAACAUCGCAUCAGUGAAAGCAGUGACCAGGCAUCGACAAGUUCUUUUGCUCCCACCCAAAUUCUGCGUCGUUCCGAAUCGAUUGAACAUCAGAAAUUAAGUUCAAAUUCGACAUCGUCGCUGGGUGGUGUUGGACAUUCAGAUAUGCACGCCUCGAAAUUGGCAGAGAGUAAGCAGGCGGAGGAGGAACAGGAGCAUAAUGCUGCGACCGAAUCACCGGUGGUCUCGGAUACGCAAAAGCAAAAUGACUCAAUGAAUUCGUUAUCUCCUUCGACAACAGCUACGGGUAAUGAGUCUGACUCCCAUGGUAAACAGCAGCAACAACAAGCAGAGCAGGGAGAACGUAGUGGCUCGUCGGCAGGUGUGACAGCUGCACCACAACCCCAAAGGGAGAAACGACCUAGUCCCAGAAGCGGUGGAGGCAGCAGUUCCGGUCGUGAUCGCGACCGCGAUAGAGACCGAGAUCGUGAUCGUGAUCGUGAGCGCGACAUGCGUGUUUCCCAUAGUCGCACUUUCAAUGCCAGUGGUAGUUCCUAUCGCGGCAAUCGCGAUAGUGGUUGGAAUCAACGAGGUGGAAAUUCAAGAGGCGGCCGUUAUCAAGGCCCUGAAGACCAUUACCUGGAUCAUGAAGACGACGACAUGAUGGAGGAGGGUGGCGGUGGUGGUGGAUAUGGCAGUGGCAGGCGUUCGGAACGCAGCCCUAAAGUACCACGCAAAGAUGGUGGCCGUGGAGGAGGUGAUCGUGAUCGCGACCGAGGCGGUCGUGGUUCUGAUCGCGAUGAUCGUGGAUUUGCCCCCAGGGGAGAGCCAUCACGGCGAGGUCGUGGUGGUGGCGGUAACAUGGGUGACCGUGGUAUAGCAUCGUUAUCGUAUCGACGCAGUAACGAUGGACGUUCUUCGGCAUCGGGUGGACAGCGUCAAUAUGGUCGCCAGAGUUAUCAGGACGAUCACAAGGACAUGAAACGGACUUCAGAGUCAUCGGAGACAAACAACUCGGAUUUGGAUAAGACCAAACAAAAUCAAAUGGCUCUAAGUGCAGGUCUAUCAAAGGUUGGUAAGGACAUAAAGGAUGGCGGAGAGCGCAACAACACCAACCAAUCCUCUUCGUCAGCGGCGUCCUCCACUGGCAACCAAGUUGCUAACAAGCAGACAACCCCGCCUCAACAGCAACAGAAAAAAACGAGCGAAAGUGAGAAGAAAACAUCAGCGUCGUCAUCAUCGACCACACCAUCUAAGCAACAACAGUCUCAGACUAGAAAAGAAAGUGUUUCUAGCAGCAAAACUGACGACGAGAUGCGGACAAGCAACACAACUCUUGAACGGGAGAAGAAAUCAGCUUCCAAGGAAAAAGACAUUCCUGCAUCGGGCAGCAUUAACGCUUUGCCCUCCAACUCAAACUCUACCAGUACGGCGGCAUCCACAAGAAGCACAAAUGCAGCAGCAUCAUCAUCUGGUGGAGCGUCUAAUGCAUCUAUGAGCGCGGGAUCGCAACAACAAGCCGCUAAGAAACAGGAUCUACAAAUGACAACACUGCCAACAACUGUUGCUCAACAGGGUUCAUCCAGUGGUGGAGCACAAGCUAAUAAAUCAGCAACCCCCACAGGAGGUAGCCUUCAGCAGCAACAGCAUCAAUCAUCAACCCUAACAAAGACUCCAACUGGAUUGGGAAGUCUUAAAUCGACUGGAUCGUCGGCUAGUAUUGCUUCGAUUGGAUCGACAACCUCGACAUCUCAACAAAAGUCCACAACACAAGAUUCCAAGAGUGGAAAAUCGGAUAAUGCUCCUCUCAGCAGCAGCAAUAAUGUUUCGGCUGGACAGAAGCUGGAAAAUGAAAAGAAUAAGUUGGGCUCUCUGGGAUCUCUGAGUAGUUUGGAGGGCAAAUCAAAUAAUUCAACCCUCUUGAUAGAUGGUGCCCCGGUCAAUACUAUCAUCUUUGAAAAUACCCACUACAAACAACAGGUACAGGCUGCCCAAAUGAAACGUUCAUCGGAAUCUUUGGUGGUCACCUCAUCGGUGGUAUCAAAUGUGAAUGUUUCGGUGACUGGAGUGGACACACUCUCCACUGCCCUGUCACAGAUGUCAUUUGGUGGUGGCAAUGCCACAAAACCAACGGCUACUGGAAAUGGCUCAGCAACUGCAGCGGCAGGUGGUGACUCAAAUAAUUCUCAGACUGUGCCUGGCGGUCCAUCUUCAUCCGAUUAUGACAAGGAAAUGAAGCUAGGCUUCUCAUUCGGUGAUGCGACAGAGUCGUAUACGACAGCCACUAAGGGCAUGGCCUCCAGUGGUGUUCCUGCAGACAAUGAGGCUGUGGUAAAACAGAAUAACAGUGCCCAGCAACACCAACAGCAGCAGCAACAACAACAGCAGCAGGCGCAACAAGUUGGCAUGCAACAGCAGCAACAAACACCACAACACCAGCCGCCGCAACAACAUACUCCCCAACAUCAACAACAACAGCAGCAGCAACAACAACAACAAUCUCAACAGGCCCAAAAUCUUAUCUCGGCCGCCGAUUUGAAUAUGAAAAUUGCCAGUGUCAAGAAAGUGUGGGAAAGUGUCCAACCCAUGACCUCCGAUGCGGCCACAGCUGUGCAGCAGCAAUUGCAACAGCAGCAGCAACAACAGCAAUUGCAUCACCAACAACAACAACAGCAGCAACAACAACAAAUGGAACCAGUCGAUACCAGUGGUCAUAUGACAGCGGCAUCUUUUGUUGCCGCCGUUGCAGCCUCCCAACAACAACAGCAGCAACAACAUUUGCCACAUUAUGCCGUGGCCGCAGUACACAUGCAACAUCAUGCCCUGUCAUCUCCCGGUGCGGGAGUGCCCUCGGCAUUUGGUACCCAUGCUUCACCCUUUGAUACAGCUGCUCAGCUAGAACAGCAGUUCGGACCCGCAGCAGCAGCUGCUGGGAUUGUGGUUGGAGCCGGCGAUGAUAACUCCGUUGUGGGUGGCUAUCCAAGUCCCCAACAGCAACAACAGGCAGCGGCGGCGGUGGUCCAACAGCAGCAACAACAACAGAUGAAACACUCAUCGGAAGUUGUGAAGCAACAGCAGCAACAACAGGUGUCGGCAGCGGCCAAACAAAUGCAACAACAUCAUUCGUCAUCGAUGGGUAUGUCGCCGCCACCCAAUAUGCAGCAGCAGCAACAACAGCAACACCAGCAGCAGCAACAACAACAGCAACAGUCGGCGGCUCAACAACAAAUGCACGCUCCACAACCCUUCUAUCAGGCCUCACCGCAAUUCACAGGCAUCUCCACCAUACCAUCUCCACCGGCGGCAGCCGUCGUCUUCAAUUCAUCUCAGAUGCCCCCGCCACCAUCACAAGGUGGCCUCUAUGCACCAUUCCAUUCUAUAGAUCAUUCGAACCGUUCACAAUUUUCGGCUGCUGCAGCUCACAGUUUUCCCGGACACUAUGGAGCGGCGGCAGCAGCCGGUGGCCCUUUUAAUGCCUAUCCCAUGCAAACACCGCCAAACAUGGGCACCGCACCCACACCGGAAAUAUAUUCAAACCUAACAUCGCAAUUCCGCAUGGGCGGAGGCCCUUCACCAUUCGGUAAUCCCAAUUCUCAGCAAUUGAACAAUCCCAAUGCGGCGGUAACAAUUAUUUCAUCAAAUUCCAACUCGUUAAUGUCAGCGGUGGGCUCGGUUAAACCACCACCCACCUCUCAACAAUUGGGUACCAUCGGUUCGAAGGCUGGUGGUGGCGGUGGUCCUUUUGCAGCAGCUCAACAGUACAUGAAUCUUUAUGCCACCGGUCCACCACAACAUCAAGGUGGUCCUCCCGGUCCACCACCCGGACAUCAGCUACAAUCGAACAGUUACUAUUCGAAUUCUGCCGGUGGUCCCAGUGGUCCAGCUGCAUUCUAUGGUGGUCCACCACCCCAAGGUGCCGGAGCAGCUGCCCAGAACUAUGGCCUAGCGGCAGCUGCUGCCAGCUUAUAUGGACAUGCCGGACAUCAAGGUGGUCCACCGGGUUCGAAUGGACCACCCGGACCUCCACAGGGUCCACCUGGUCCACAAUCUCAACAUACAAUGGGUAAUUUCAAUACACCAUUUAUGAACUCACAACUGCUAACGGCAGCGACAAUAAAUCAGUAUCGUGGUGGACCCACGCCCCAACAAGCGGCGGCAGCGGCUUAUAUCAAGUCGAGUCAACAGCAAGCACAUAUGCAAGAUUCGAUGGGUCGCCAGCUAAAAAGCCCUUUGGGAGCCGAUGGCAGUUUGAACCUAGUUAAACAUGCUCAAUCACAGCCCAGUCCACCACAUCUGAAGAAUUAUGGAAGUUGGGAUCAAGUUAUGCAACAACAAGCAGCCGCUCAACAACAAUCUCAACAAGCUGCCGUUCAACAGAGACUAGCAAGUGGUGGUCCCGGAGCCAACAAUCAAAAUAUGAAUCCUAAUAAUCGUGGCGGCGGUGCCGUAGGUGGACCUCCGCCCGGUGCGCAAGGUUCACAGCCAGGACGUUAUCCCACACCAAUACAGAGACCCACUAAUUAUCCCCAGCAUCCGCAAGGACCACAGAGUCAACAGCAACAAGUACAGCAGCAGCAACAGCAAGUCCAACAACAGCAACAAGUUCAAAGAGGUCAACAGCCACAGAAUCUGCGGCAGGGUGGAGGCGGCGGCGGUAAUAAUGGUGGUGGUGGUGGCCCACAAGGUGGCCCUGGUGGUCCCCAAGUUGGCGCCCAAGUUGGAGGUGGUGCUCCUGGCAAUGGAGGUGGCCCUGGUGGUCCCGGUGGCAAUAAUCAAGGAGGUGGCGGCAACAAUAAUCCACAAGCUGCCGGUCAACCUCAGCAAAUGAAUAAACCCUAUUAUGCGAACAAUGCGGCCAAUGCUGGCCCAAAUCGAGCUAAUCACAAUUAAACAACAUAGACAAAAGGCAAAUUUAUUAAAAAUUUAAAAUAAACAAAAUAACGAAAGUAAGUUUAUAAAAAGGCGCUUUUCUUUGUUUGUUUAGCCAAAAAAAAUCCCCCUCUCCACGAACCACACACAGCUAAUAGAAAAUAAUUUAUAAAGGAAUUAACAAAUAUGCAUUAACAAAAAUGAAAAAACAAAUUAUUUUCUAUUACAAAAAAAUUAAUUCAAAACGAAAUAAAGGAACACAAGAAAUAUGGAAUAACUUCAAAAGGAAAAAUAAAAUUUACCAAGCAUGGAUGAGUAUGGAAAAGAGUAUUCAGCCAUAAGACUACUUUUAAGAAGAACUACGAGAAAGAAGCGACAAAAUUACCCUUAAAUAAAAAAGGAUAAACUUUUCCAAGGAAUAUUCUGGACUUUCCCUUUCAGUCCUAUGAAAUAAAUUAAAAAGAAAACAAAAACGCAAAAAAACUACCCCAGCAAAAACCAAGAUGUAUAAUGACAAAAAGAAACACACACACACGUUUGUUAACCGGCGAACAGGAUAGAAACACUUAUGAAACAAACCAACAACAAGAAGAAAAAGAAAAAAAACUAAAGUUUAAAACAAUUUCUUAAACACAUUACUUUAUUAAUUACAAAAUAAAAGAAGAAAAAAGAAAAUGCAAAAGAGUUCAUACAACAACAACAAUGAAAAAGCAUAGCUGUUACAUUUCUUUGGCCAGAAGAAAUACAGAAACUCUUUAAAGGAAAACAAAAAUGAGAACGACUUAACCGUUAGCUCACUCUCCCCUAUACUCUCCCUCAUUUUUGGCAACAACCAGAGCUGGAAGAUGAGGAGUUAUAAAAUAAAACAAAAAACAUAACCUAAUAUUUUGAAAAUUAAAAGGAAAACAAAAUGAAAUAAAGAAAAAUAAUUAACCCAACCGAAGAGUUUUGGGAUAUAUUAAAUGAAUUCAUAUUACAUACAAACAAAAACAACAACAACAAAAUAUACAUAAAAUACAGCAUAACAUAAAUAUAUAAUUUUUUAUUCUUAAUUAUGUUUUUAUUUUCAGUUUUUUUUUUAUUUUAUAAACAAAAUAAUGGAUAAUUUUAAUGAAUAUAAUAUAUAUUUUUAUUAAAUUAUUAUAUGAAUUUCAAACAAACAAAAAAUAAAUAAAAAAAGAAUUAGCAGCAACAACAAAAAGCAGAUAAUAAUAAAAUACAAAAAAAACGUCAUUCUAUGAUUAUUAUUAAUAAUUAAUGAAGGACACACAUACACACUCCCCACAUACAUACAUAUAAAAAUAAAUUCACACACAUUUAACAAAUAAACUCUCCCCUCAUUAUCUAACACGAAUUAUAAGAAAUUACAAACAAAUAACUAUCUUAACAGAUUUACACAUAUACAAAAAAUAAAUAUAUAUAUUUUUAAUUUUUUUAUUUUUUUCCUAAUUAUUUUUGUCAUUUUAUAAUCAUUAUUAUUUUUUAAACAACAACAAAAAAUAGUUUAUAUUAUUAUUACUAUAUAAAACAAAAAUGAUGCAAAACCACUUUGAAUAACAAAAAAAUAUUUUUUAUUAAAAUGAAAAAAAAAACAGAAAAAAAAACAAACAAAUACAACAAUAAAAAAAGCCCAACAUAAAACCGAAAACCGUAGUAGGUCAUACAGCAGCCUAAUUUUCGAAGUGAGAAGAGAAUCAUAUAUAAUUAACACAAACAAACAAACAAACAAAAACAACAAAAUAUCUAUUCGAAAUUACAUUAUAAAAUUGCAUACCAACCAACAAACAAACAAAACAACAACCAACCAACAACUCUUUCUGUAACAUGAUGUUAAACAACAACAACAAAAAAUUAAAAAAAAAAUAAUAAAUACAAAAAAGCAUAUGAUGAAA